GGGCGGGGCUACGGAAAGGCGUUGUGGGCGUGGCCGGCGUGAGGGGGUGUGUCCGCGCACCACGGGGGCGCGCGCCGGCCUCUGACUGGAGGCGGCGGCGGCCGAGGCGCGAGCUGCACGAUAAUGGCGGCCUGCAGAGCCCAUGGGAGGGAGAAGCGGCGGCGGCUGCCCUGAGAAACGUCGACCUUGAAGAUGGUGAGUAGCCAGCCAAAGUACGAUCUAAUACGGGAGGUAGGCCGAGGCAGUUACGGUGUUGUGUAUGAAGCAGUCAUCAGGAAGACCUCUGCCCGGGUGGCAGUGAAGAAGAUCAGAUGCCACGCCCCUGAAAAUGUAGAGUUGGCCCUGCGAGAGUUCUGGGCACUGAGUAGUAUCAAGAGCCAGCAUCCAAACGUGAUUCACUUGGAGGAGUGUGUCCUGCAGAAAGACGGAAUGGUUCAAAAGAUGUCCCAUGGCUCUAAUUCUUCCCUUUACUUACAGCUUGUAGAGACUUCAUUAAAAGGAGAAAUUGCCUUUGAUCCCAGAAGCGCCUAUUAUUUGUGGUUUGUGAUGGAUUUUUGUGAUGGAGGAGACAUGAACGAGUAUCUGUUGUCCAGGAAACCCAAUCGUAAAACUAACACCAGCUUCAUGCUUCAACUGAGCAGUGCUCUGGCUUUCUUGCAUAAAAACCAAAUCAUCCACCGAGACCUGAAGCCUGAUAACAUCCUGAUUUCCCAAAGCAGGUUGGAUACCAGUGACUUGGAACCCACACUGAAAGUGGCUGAUUUUGGCCUAAGUAAGGUUUGUUCGGCAUCUGGACAGAACCCAGAAGAACCUGUCAGUGUGAACAAGUGUUUUCUUUCCACGGCAUGUGGGACGGAUUUCUACAUGGCUCCGGAAGUAUGGGAAGGACACUACACAGCGAAAGCCGACAUCUUUGCUCUGGGGAUCAUCAUCUGGGCAAUGCUGGAAAGGAUCACAUUCAUAGACACGGAGACAAAGAAAGAACUCUUGGGGAGUUAUGUAAAACAAGGAACCGAAAUUGUGCCUGUUGGGGAGGCACUUCUGGAAAAUCCCAAAAUGGAACUUCUUAUUCCUGUGAAGAAAAAAACUAUGAAUGGGAGAAUGAAACAACUGAUUAAGGAAAUGCUGGCUGCCAACCCUCAGGAUCGUCCCGAUGCUUUUGAACUAGAACUCAGAUUAGUACAGAUUGCAUUUAAGGAUAGUAGCUGGGAAACGUGACAUCUUAUUUGCAAAUGUCUUGGGUGAAAUGCUGCUUCUGAUUUAAGUGAUAAAACAUUAUAUGGCAACAAGAACACAAAAAGCUAAACUCCACCUUCUUAGGGUUUAGACUUUUUGUGAGGUAGUUUUUGGGGGUUUUUGCCCCCUUAUUUUCCUUAAUCCAAGCAGGCCAUUAGUAUGUUCUGAAUGUGUGUUACCAAUGUGGGUGUCUUUUUUUUUUUUUUUUUUUAAUGAUCAUUAGAAAUUUGGCAGGAAAAUUCUCUUAAGAGCCAAGAAGAGAAGAAUCCGGUUUUCUGGAACUAUGUCUCCUUUAAGUAUUUUAGACAUUCCUUGUCAGUAUUAGGCAUUUCGAUGGAAGAAGAGGCUUGCAUGCUGGUAAUGCAACCCUUGAAACUUUGUAAAGGAAACAUAUAUGUAUAUAUUUAUGUAUAUGUAAGUAUGUGAAUGUGUGCAUUUUGCAUUCCAUAUGAAGAAAAUGCCACUUCUGUUUAAGUUAUUUGAUACAGGUUUGGGUUUGGGGAUUUGCUGGUAAAAUCAGUGAUGAAAAAAAUUAACAAAGCUUCCUUCCCUGCCCUUCUAAGGAAAACAUACUAAGGUUUUGGGUUUGGUUUGGUUUGUAAUACUAUACAGUUUUCUUCAAAGACAUCAUUUUGGAAGGUCUAAAAUUACUGGUUCAACUUAAUUGAAGUUAAGCAAUUCAGAGCUGCUGGAUCAUGUUUGAGAUCUCCAGUGCCCUAUAGCUGUUAGUGUUUAAUUAGUCAUGCGUUCAUAUGGUAGCAGGUUGGCAAGGGUGUUGAUGGUUCGUUCAUACCUGCUUUAGGUAACUGGAUGUUCAUUUAAUUAAACCACUGUGCUAGGACAUGUUUGUACUUGAACAUUUACAGUCUGAUAUAAAUCUGAACAUAGGAUUCUUCUGUUUCUGAAAACAUUGCUAUUAAUGAGCUAUAAUACUUGAUAUACUAAGUUUUGGUUUUAAGGCUUUAUCUUAGCCUGAGCAUAAAGUAGAAGAAACCAAAUGAGCUCUACCUUCAUUGCUUGCCCUGGUAUGGUCUCUCAGAUCCUAGAAUUUGUUUUGUUUUUAGCCAGGCCUGGGGCUUGAACUCAAGACCGGAGCAUUGUCCCUGGCUUCUUUCUGCUCAAGGCUAGCACUCUACUU